GUUCAUUUCAUUAACAGAACCGCGCUUUUUAGUUGUAAACGUGCUAAUAUGAGGUUGUUCGUUAGAUCCCACCUUGGUGGUCAGGCUGUAAUAUCUGUGGGGCCAAAUGAGUCCGUAAAGUCACUAAAAGAUAAAAUUUCGGUUGUAACCGGCAUUCGGGCUACUACUCAAUCCCUUUAUUAUCAAGGCUCUCCAUUACUCGAUAGUGGAUUUCUAGAAGAUUUUGGUAUAGCUGACCUAGAUAAUGUCGACGUAAAUUGUGAACUUCGAGGUGGUGGGAAGAAAAGAAAAAAGAAGAAUUAUACCACUCCAAAAAAGAUCAAACACAAAAAGAAAAAAGUAAAACUCGCAACCCUAAAAUUUUACAAAGUUGACUCAAAUGGGAAGGUAACUCGGUUACGAAGAGAAUGUCCCAAUGAGAAGUGCGGUGCAGGAGUCUUUAUGGCCAGCCACUUUGACCGUGAAUAUUGUGGAAAAUGUACCCUAACAUAUAAACAUGUGAAUUAGUAAAAAUAAAGUGAGAGAAUUCGGUGUUAGCAUUUUGUAAUUCUUGUUGGUGAUGCGCACCAAUGUCACAACACACCGUGAAUCUCAAUAUCUGUAAGUGGGGUACUAGUAAUGUAGUUGUAACUUUCAGUCACUUUACAAUUGUUCUAAAUUCCACUCGUUUUAGUCUUAAGAAAUUCGUCAUUGUGUUAAAAUAUGAAGAUCCAAAUCACAUUGACAUCAGGAUUCC